AUGGUAUGGACGUUUGAAGAUACAAAACAUGCUCUCCUCGCGACGGCAAUCCCUGGGAGUGCAGCGUUAACUGCGUUUGCAGCAUUUGUGAACGAUCGUGAUUCGAUUGAUUGGUGGACGAAAACAAAAAAACCUAGUUGGGCACCCAAAGAUGUACGACUGUAUUCUGCAAUGGAUUUCUUGACAAUGAGUCCACUGGGCUAUGCUUCGUGUAUCGUUUACAAAACUGGUGGAGGUUUUGAUUACACUGACACUAAGGUUGCGCUUGGUUUAUAUGGUGCAAACAUCGUAGUGGCAUUAGCAAGUAUUCCAUUGUUCAAGAAACGCAAUCUGAACUGCCUCUUCUAUAAUACGGCUCUUUUACACGUCACCGCUAUCGCUACAUCAUAUGCUUUCUAUAAGAUUGAUCGAAGAGCUGGUCUUCUGUUAGUUCCAUACGCUUUGUGGACAGGCUUCUAUGCAUUUCUAACUUAUGCGAUUGCCAAAGAUAAUCAAUCGAAUACUGGUGAAACAAUCGUUGAAUUGGAGACCACUCCAAUGUGA